GCUUCUGCUGUACUUUAACAGUAAUGCUGCCGCGGUUGCAACCAGCACCAUGCCUGUUCAAGAGGGAGGCACAGAGACUCGUAGUCGGAGUUCCUCCGUGAUUACGACCAUCUCGGCCAGCGGAUCAGUGGGACACGUCAGGGAACGGCGCAAACCUCGCAAAAACACGCCCAGCUCGUCCUCUUCAGGCACCUCUUCGUCCAGCUCGUCUUCUUCGUCUUCAUCGUCUUCUGAUGCAGUACCGCAGGCAGGAUGCAGGCCGUUCGAGAGGGCAUGACUCCCGCGGAUGCACGGAUGCCCAUCGGGACGCCGGCGGAGAUGGUAACCGGAAGGGCCGCGGUGGUAGUCACCAAAAUACCGGGGGAGAGGCUCGUGGCAGCCACGGACCUACUCGUCUCUCCUACUAUGGUCCGAGCAGCAGGCAAGUGAAGCGUUUCUUGGAGACGAAGGACAAGACAGGGCCCUCGGCAUACCGUCGGCUGCUCAAGCUGCUCGCGGACGAGUGGGAACCGAAAGGUUUCAACCGGGGCAUCGACAAGCUGCAGGAUUUUGGUGUGCCCAACGGCACCCCGUACAGCAAAUUCGUUACGAAGUUCAAGGCAUUGGCAAUGUCGGAGUUGGCCUCGCACAGAGCUUUCGCGCAGGAUCUGCGCAUGGUACAGCGUGCGCUUCGGGACGCUUUGUUGGAGCAGUAUCUGAAUGUUCUCUCGUCUUUGCCGUUGAAGGGUAAGAUUCUCCACAACGUAGUGUUUAGUGAUCAGGAUGAGCUUUGGGAUGCCUUGUCUUCGGAGGAAGCACUGAAACAUUCGCCCGCCUGCAGUGGCGACCGCUAUUUUUCCACUGUCACUUCUGGGUUUUCAUCGGCGCCUACACGAGCCAUCACCGCGACCGUGGGGCAGCAGCGGCCGCCACCGCCGUCCUCGCUGCAGCCGUCCGCGUGGUCGCCGGGACCACAAUUUCCCGCCGGGGUGAUGGCCAUCGACCCUGUGCCGUCCGAUAACACAUGUCCCUUCGAACAGGACUAUGACUGCUGGCCGUUGCGUGGUCACUACGGCUCUGUUCUUGUGGUGUGGGCGGGGGGGCGACAAGACUUCGGGUGUCUCACGGACGCUCGCCCCGAUGUCUACGCCCCCCGGAGGUAUGGCUUCGGCUUCUCCCACCGUUUCGGCGGCUCCGGGUGGCCUCGUCAACCACGCGAAAGCACAGGGACUUUCGGGACAACCCCAGGCCCGCCACGGUGGAUCGAGUACGCUUGUACCCACCGCGCCCCCUCCGGACCCCUCGCGACGUUCCUCUACGGAGCACCAACGUCGCACGGUGCUGAAUGCACCACCGUUGCCGAGCGCAAGUAACGGUUUCCCAAAAUCGGAAGGUUCAUGUUCUUUGCCAAAAAAUAGCGGUCCCGAGCCUCCCGCGGCCGCUGGCCAUGUUGGUCGAGCGCCCGCGAUGAAGGCCACUUUUAAUGAACAGGCCUACGCCGACGUUUUGCGCGAAAUCGCCCGCGUAGACCGCUUGGUUUCGCACGCUUCUGCGGCUGGUUCACCGCUUUUGCCUGCCUCUCCUCGUAACUCACAAUCCGACCCGCCUUCGGGUGGCACCCAGAUUGUCCUGCCGGUUGCCGGUGCCAUUUCCCUUGAUGAUAUUUCUUCGGGGAAGGUAAGCGCACCCGCGGCAGGCCCCUGUUUUUGAUGGAAGUCAGGAAUAU